AUGUCCACUCGUUCAUCUUGUCACUCAUCAAUUUCUACACAGAUGUUCGGAUCUAUCGAAGAGGGUUAUGAUUUCCCACAAUCGCUGACAUCUUCCGUUUCUGGAUCAUCACUGUCUCCUGAAUCAUCUUUCCACACAUUGAUUACCAUUGAGACAUUCAAUGCAAUCAUCAACAAACCAGUCAAUUAUGUUGACACCAAAAGAAUCUCCGUGGUGGUCAAGAAUUGGCUCGAAAGAACUCAAGCGACUCAGGAGUGGUUUGCCACGAAAAUCUUGGGAAGAUGCAGAAGGACACUCGGUCAAUGCCUGAAUAAGCCAAAGGACUGGAAAGAAUUAAGCCAAAAGAGAGAAAUCUACGUGAAGAUGCACAAUUGGAUGUGUCUAACAGAGGAGCAGAGACACGAGAUGAUGAGAGUUUACAAGGCGCCAAAUAUGCCCUCCCACUAA